GGGGCCGGGCCGGGCCGGCGGGCAGCCAUGGUGUACAUCUCGAACGGACAAGUUUUGGAUAACCAGAGUCGGGCUCCCUGGAGGUUGUCAUCUAUAACAGAUUUCUUCUGGUCAAUAGCAGAUUUUGUGGUUCUGUUUUUCCAGAGCAUUAUUCAACCAGAUUUAAGAAGAAGAGGCUACACAUCUUCCUCCUAUUCAGGAUACCAUGAUGGAAGAGGGCCUCCAGCAAAUCCUCGCCGUCGGAUGGGCCGAAUAAAUCACUGGGGUGCAGGCCCCAGUCCACCACCCAUGGCUGGAGGUGGAUGAGGAAGGUAA